GAAAAGACCAAACUAGUAUUCAAUCUCAGGAUUCACUCGGAAUUUAUCUAUGUGUCAAUAUGUUGUAUUUGUGAGAUGGCAUAUCUUAAAUCUCACAUCCAAAAAGAAAUAUAAGCAAAUUUUGAAAAAUAGUAAGACCACCUCCCUUGGUCAUUAUCAUUAUGGGUGUCUUUAGUAGUUGCAACACUCCAAAAGAUCAUUUUGCAUAUUCACGAAACUAAAGACUUUGAUUACUUUUUAUCUUACAAAAUGUGUUUCUAUAGAAUCCGCUUACUAGAGAAAUUUAUCUUGAUUCGGAAACGUGUCACCAUCAGAGAACAGAGGACAGCAAAGAGUUAACCUAAAUUAACGAAUAAGAUACAUGCGACCGUCCACUUGGACGUUACCAAAUGCUGACUGCGUUGAACCACAUCUGAAUCAUGGCGAAUGAGGUCAAAUGCUUCGAGCUCAACACCGGCGCUAAGAUCCCCUCGGUAGGUCUCGGUACAUGGCAGGCCUCUCCUGGCCUCGUUGGUGAUGCAGUCGCCGCCGCUGUUAAGAUCGGCUAUCGUCAUAUUGAUUGUGCUAAGCUGUAUGGCAACGAAAAAGAGAUUGGGGCAGUUCUGAAACAAUUGUUUGAAGACAAUGUAGUAAAACGCGAGGAGCUGUUCAUCACCUCCAAGCUCUGGUGUACUGAUCAUGACCCCCAAGAUGUCCCGGAGGCAUUGAACAGAACUCUGCAAGAUCUACAGCUUGACUACGUUGAUCUUUAUCUGAUGCACUGGCCUGCACGGAUGAAGAAAGGUUCUGUUGGAAUUAAGGCUGAGAACUUUUUGCCUGUAGAUAUUCCUAGCACAUGGAAAGCGAUGGAAGCACUCUAUGACUCUGGCAAGGCACGAGCCAUAGGUGUAAGCAAUUUCUCCACCAAGAAACUAGCUGAUCUCUUGGAUUUAGCUCGUGUCCCUCCUGCUGUUAACCAGGUCGAAUGUCAUCCUUCUUGGCGACAGACUAAGCUACGAGAGUUCUGCAAAUCCAAAGGUGUUCACCUCAGUGCAUACUCACCGUUGGGUUCUCCUGGGACAAAAGGGCUCAAGAGCGAUGUUUUGAAGUACCCGUUACUGAAUAUGGUCGCGGAAAAGCUUGGAAAAUCUCCUGCUCAAGUUGCGCUUCGCUGGGGACUCCAAAUGGGUCAUAGUGUGCUUCCCAAGAGUACCAACGAAGGAAGACUCAGAGAGAAUUUUGAUGUUUUCGAUUGGUCAAUACCUGAUGACUUGUUCAAUAAGUUUUCUGAGAUUGAACAGGCUAGGUCAGUCAUCGAUGGCUCCUUGUUUGUUCAUGAGACAUUGAGCCCUUAUAAGUCUAUUGAAGAAUUAUGGGAUGGCGAGAUAUGAUGUUUAGCUGAUCUGUUUGUUCUGCCAAAUAAUGUGAGGUUUUUCUCUGAUGGACUUGUCAAUUUCUUAUGGAUGUUGUCACUGAUAUAUUAAUUUACCAUCACAUUUGUUUUUCUAUUGAACUUUUAUAACAAGAUCGAUUCUUAUUAUACAUUUUGUAAUGUAUUGUAGACUUGUAGUUAUAUCAAACCGGAAAUAUGAUGUUUGCAUAUGGUU